ACAACAUAAAGAAGAACCACAACAACAAAACAAAAAAAAAUUACGCGCCAAAUGCUAAACUUAAAUUAUUAUGGGUCGUUCCAAGUUUCCCGGGAAACCAUCAAAAUCGAUAAAUCGUAAACGUAUCAGUGUUUUGCAAUUAGAUCCCAACAAUAGUGGUGGUGGAAACGCCAACGAUAGUUCGGCAUCAGCAGCGGCGGCAGCGACAGCAACAGUUGGAGUAGUAGCAGGAGCAGCCACUGCCACAACAUCGCCCAUUCACAAUACCAGCCAUCACAAUAACAACAACAAUAGUAAUAGAAGUUCCUCGGCAUCUGCAGGAGGAGGUGUAGGAGGGGGUAGUGAAACUGCAACUGGCUCCCAAAAUAAUGCUGCCUCAUCAAAUUCCGAAGAUGAGGAAAAUGUGCGGCAAACGAAAACGCCGCAAGCGCAGGAUGAUGAGGAUAACCAAGAGGAGGACGAUGACGAUGAUGAGGAGCAGGAGGAAGGCGAUCACUUAAAUAAUUGUGAUAAACAUAAAAAUGGUAAAAGGGAAGAUCAUGAUGAGGAUGAUGACGAAGGAGGCUCCAUGGCCUCCAGAGGAGCAGGAGGAAGUGGUGGUAGUGCUAGCAGUCGUACCACAAAUGGUUAUGGAGAUACCUCAUCUUCAUCAUCAUCGUCAGUCUCCUCUUCGUCAACAAAUGGCCAACGCCAUUCGUAUGCUGGUGGUAAUUCCCAUAAAAUCUCACAAAAUUCCCACAUCAAUACCAUUAAAAUUCCCAAGCCCAGUUUAAGCGCCAAAGUGGAGGCCAACAACAACAGCAACAACAACAAACUUAAAGCACAUGCAAAAACCAAGGAACAGUCGCAAGAGAAAGAAGAACGUUUGCUCAAUGAUGAAGGCCGUAAAUCAUUAAAAUCUCCACCACCUCCAGCCGCUCUGGGAUCCUCCUUGUCCUCAACAUCCCAACAACAACAGCAGAAAUCUUUGCGUAAUUGCAAGAAAUUCAAAAAUUUAAAUAUUCACAAACCCGAAGUGAUGCUGCCGUCAUCGUCAAAAUUAAAAUUGCAACAACAGCAGCAACAAACACAAAAUUCACAUCCAGAAAAAUCCCAUAUGAAAACAAUAGCCCCCUGCUCUCCAGUUUCACAGCAAAGCUCCUCCAGCAGCACAACCACAACAACAGAACCUGUCAUCAAUAACCAGCAGCAACAACAACAGACAACAACACAAAUAUGUGAAAUGUCAUCAUCAGCAGCAGCAUCAUCGCCACCAACAGGCUCUACAAAAACAACAGCAACAACAACAUCUGGUUCAGCUGCAACACCCUCCUCCAGCACUUCUGCCACCACAAACUCCUUAGAAAUGUCCCCACGUCAUAAUGAAGCUGCUGCAGCUUCUGCCGAUGAUCCCAGCCAUAAAACAGGAGUUCCGCCAACCAUAAAUUCUUUGGGGAAAGAUAAUGCCGAAGAUGCUAACAAUGCUGCAAGCAUGGAAGAAAGGAAUCAACAAUCUGCUGACCAUAAUGACACUCAUCAUCGUCAUCAUCGUGAUGAUGCUAAGGAUGAUGAUCACGAAGUUGGUGUUGAUGAAGAUGACGGUGGUGAUGCGGAGGAUCAUGAUGAUGAUGGAAAUUCCAGUUCCAGUCCACACAAUGACUUGUUGAAUUCGGUGUGUAAGGACUUAUAUAUGGCUCCACCGCCCCUUGUUAAAGGUCAAGAAAUUUUAACUGUUCUCGAAGAUAUUCGUCAGCCUGCCGACUUAAUAGAAGUUGUCGAAGAAUUGGUCAAUAAAUUCGAUAUUCCAGUAAAUAAUGGCAUCAUACAGAAAGCAAAAUCCGCAUUAGAGGCCGGUGUCCGCUAUGGAUAUAUUGCGAAAAGUGACGAUGAACUUUAUUAUGUACCCGAAGAUGCAGAUGCUGUGGAGAAUAAUGCCGAACAGUUGGAAACGACGAAAAGUGUCAAAACGGAAACGAGGCAAACGGAAGAUACUUCCGAUUGUUAUGGCAAUUCUCGUGGUAUGCGAAGACGGGAAAUGCAGGAAAAAAGAAGACGUCGAAGUCGUAGUCGUUCGGGUAAACCUGCAAUAAAAUCCUCCACCCAGGAGCAGCCAGAACUUGCCAGCAAAACUCCCAGCAGUAGUGUUACCAGUGAACCAGGCGACAAUGAACCAAGUGAAGAGAACAGCCUAAAAUCAAAAUCCAAUUCCACAACAACAUCCUCGUCAACGUCUGCGGCUCAAGAAAUGGCUGGUGGUGGUAACUCGUCCUCCUCCUCGUCGACGAAUGCAACAAAUGGCUCAUCCUCAACCACCUCCAGUAGCAGUAGUGCGGCUAACACCUCGGAUAAAAAGCAAAAGAAAACGGUCACAUUUAAAAAUGUUCUCGAAACCAGUGAUGAUAAGAGUGCCGUUAAGAAAUUCUAUAAUCCGGAUAAUCGUAAACCCCUUAUCUCGAUUAUCAAGAAGGAAUGUCUCAAUCGGCCGCUUAUGUAUACCCGCAGCAGUGAAUGCAUUGUGCGACCCUCGAGGCUAACGGAGAUUUUGAAAAAUAAUUCAAAUAUUGAUAAAUUGAAUUCAUUGAAAUUCCGUUCGAAUGCCGUAUCAUCGACAUCGUCGUCCUCAUCGGUUUUAUCGGGUCCCUUGUCAAGGGUUUUUGGCGCACCAUUGCCACCCGAUGAUGAAGAAGAGCAACAAAAUCAAAAUGUUAUUAAUUUUCGUGUCAGCCAACAGCGGGAUAGUGCGGAGGCAAAUCAGGAUGGCGACGAUGACGAAGAUGAGGAGGACGAGGACGACGAAGAGGAGGAAGAAGAUGAAAUGGAGGAUGAUGGAGAAGAUGAUGAUAGAGAGGACAAUGCUGCUAUGGAUCAACGCGUAGAGGCCGAUCAUCAGCAAUUGUCCAAGGAAAAAGAAGAGGAGGAGCAACAAAUUGUUUUAGAUAAACAUUUUGUCCUGCCCAAACGUAGCUCGCGUUCAUCGCGUUUAAUAAAACCCAAUAAACGUUUGGUUGAGGAUUCGAUACUGGGCAAGAAAUCCACUCUAAAACCGAGUUCCUCAGCAGCGACACCCGCAGCAACCCAAAUCAAAGAGGAAAAGUCGCCGGGGAUUACCCUGCAAACAAACUACUUUGGUUUGGGUGGCGAUUACAAAAGCAACAAGGAGUCUAAUGGCUUGAUGGGUUCCAAAAUCUCCAAAGAGGCAGAUGCUUUGAAACCUUCCGCCUUUGCGGCAGCCACAUCAAAUGUUUUCCCAACCUUUGGUGGCUCGAAUAGUUUGCUCAGCUCAUCCGCCUCCUCCACCACUUCAACAACAAAACCCAGUAGUUUUAUUCUAAGACAACCCCGCCUUCAAUUUGAAUCCUUAUCGGCAAGCCAAAAUACUGGCAGUUCCUCCACCACAACAACAACCAGUACCACCAGUACAACAGCGACCAGUGAUCGAAGUAAUAUCAAUGUGACAGCAGCAGCAGCUUUAGCCUUAUCUGCCUCCCUACCAAAAUCUCUACUGCAGGCAAUAUCCUCCGCAUCAUCGCCGAAUGGCAGCAGUGCAUCGUCGGCGUCUACAUCGUCAUCAUCACCUGCGGCCUCUGCCACCGGAUCAUUACUUUCACCCACAUUUUCCUUAAACAAUAGUUCCAGUUCUGUGAAAAAUAAUGCAGCUUCCUUAGCUCCGCUUUCUACUGCAACUUCGUCUGCGACAGCCCCCUCAAGUAUACUAUGUGUGGUGUGUUCCUCACCCAUACACACAAAAAAUCUACCACAAGCAUCAAAAUAUGGUCAGCUAAGCUGUGAAUAUUGCCGUAAAUUUAUAUCGAAAAUUGCCAAGAAAUCUCUUGCCAUAAAAAAUUCCGCAAUUAAUAAACCCAUUAUACCGCAGUGUAAAGCGGAUGGAAAUUGUCCCAUAACGCCUUUAAACAAAGGCAUUCACAUUAAAAACUUUAAGAAACUCUACAAGGAGCGCUGUGGCCUCUGUUGGCUAAAGAAAUGCCUGCAGACCCUACAAUUGCCCAAAGUGAGGCUAAAUGCAUUGUUACCUGUCUUAAAUAAUUGUACUACUGGUGUCACUACGGCGACCGCCACCACCAUUAUCAACAACAACAAUAGCAAAAACAAUAAUCUCAUGGAAAUGAAAAUCCGCAAAGAUAUGGACCUAUUGGAGGCAGCAAAAUUAUCGAUAAAAUGGAAAAUGUCUGGGGUGGCAGGAACAACGACCUCAGCAGCAACGGUUGCUUUGGUAAAUUUAAAAGAAGCUACCACAGCAUCAAGUGUGGCUGGAGCUGUCUCAUCCGCAUCACUGGAGGGUAUCAAAUCUAAUUUGAAAUCUAACUCCUUGCUUGCGGAAAAUAGUGGCCCUGUAACAUUUGGUAGCUUACCUCUGCUCAGACCGGCCAUUUUGGAAAAAUCCUCCUCGUUAAUUAAACCCUCUUCUUUAAUCGAUACAAAAUCGGAAGUGAUGGAUAAGAAGCCAUUGGAAAUCCUUAAAGAUGUUAAGGUGGAAGCGGGUCUAUUGGAAAUUAAUACCAACGCCGCGAUCUCCCCCUCGACAUCAUUAACGGUGAGUGGUGUGGGAAGUACAAAUAAAUUAAAGCUAAAGGAGAAAAAGGAACGUAAGGAUGUAAAACUCAAGGACUUACCCUCACCCAAAUGUGAAGAGAAGCCCUCCAGAGCGGAUUCCAAGGAUGGCAUGGAAAAAUUGGAAAUUUCGGAAGGUACAACUCCAACAGCACCUGCAGUGGCGACCAGUGAAAAUAGUUCCUUAACGACGGCUGUAGUAAAUGGUGGAACCACCCCUUCUGGUGCUUCCAAUGCUGCUGCGCCGGCUGGAGUCACCGCAGAUAAACGCCAACGUAUUGAUCUAAAGGGGCCUCGAGUAAAACAUGUCUGUCGCAGUGCCUCCAUUGUUUUGGGCCAACCCCUGGCCAUGUUUGGUGAGGAUGAAGAGGAACAGCAACUCUCAGAGAUUCCGGUGGAUGCAACUGAAAUUCUUCCACCGAAUGAAAAUGGUGUGGAAAAAUCUCCUCUCACCGAUGAAAAUGAUAAUUGUGCCUCGUGUAAAACUCAACAAUUGGAUACAGCAACACCACCUCCAACAUCAGGGGAGAGUCUUCGAACAGAGCAACCUCCACCCCAAAAGGUGGCCAAAUGGGAAACAAGCACAGUUGCGGCUCAAACGAAUGCUAGCAGUAGUAUAACGACAACCUCCACGAGCACAUUAGCCACCACCAUCUCCACCUCGACUACAACAACACGAUCCAGUCUCACAAAUGGUGGCCACCUCAUCCGCGACAGGGACAGCAGCAACAAUGGGUGGCGGUGGUUCCCUAAUGAGACGCAAGGAACCCAACGCCGCCGCCGCCGGAAAUGUAAACUCCUGAUAUCCAUUGAUUUCUGGGAAAACUACGACCCAGCUGAGGUAUGCCAAACUGGUUUUGGCCUCAUCAUUACAGAGACAGUGGCGCAGCGCGCCCUCUGUUUUCUCUGCGGUUCAGCUGGCCAGGAUCCAUUGAUAUUUUGCGCAUGUUGCUGUGAACCCUAUCAUCAGUAUUGUGUCCAGGAUGAAUUCAAUCUCAAACAUGGUUCUCUGGAUGAAACUUUGCUUCUGAAUGAAAGUUGUCUCAGUAUUACGGCUGGUGGCGGCUCAGCCACCAAUACCGCCAUUGCCAAACUAAAUUGGCUAUGUCCCCGCUGUACGGUGUGCUAUACAUGUAAUAUGUCUUCCGGUGCUAAGGUGAAAUGUCAAAAGUGUCAGAAAAACUAUCACUCAACGUGUUUGGGUACCAGCAAAAGGCUCCUGGGGGCCGAUCGCCCUCUGAUCUGUGUUAAUUGUUUGAAAUGUCGUUCGUGUUCCACGACAAAGGUUACGAAAUUUGUUGGUAAUCUCCCAAUGUGUACGAGCUGUUUUAAGCUGCGGAAAAGGGGCAACUUCUGCCCGGUAUGUCAGAAAUGUUACGAUGAUCAGGAUUUCGAUUUGAAAAUGAUGGAAUGCGGCGAUUGUCAUCAAUGGGUUCAUGCGAAGUGUGAAACGUUGACCGAUGAACAAUACAAUCUGCUGAGUACCCUGCCGGAAUCUAUAGAAUUUAUAUGUAAACGAUGUUCCCGAAAAUCCCAGGAGGCUAAGCAAAGGGCUAAUGAAUGGCGUGAGGCGGUGCGUGAAGAAUUUCAAUCGAAUUUGAUGAGUGUCCUGAAGCUGCUGAGUAAAUCGCGGCAGGCUUGUUCUUUGCUGCGCCUAAGUCCCAGGAAGCAAAUGAAAUGUUCCUGUGGCGGAUCCGGCAGCAACAACAAUAACAACAACAGUAAAUAUCAACCCAAAUCUUUGCAAUUUAAUCAGGAGAGUUCGAUCGCCACCCCCUCGAACUUAAAUAUCGAUGUAUAUGAAUUUGAUGAUCAGGAAAGGGAUGUGGAAUCCAUGGCCCCACCCACCCCCUUGGCCAUGGAGAAGAAAUGCAUUUGCAAUAAUGCCUACAAUAAUUCCGGUACCUCUUCUACACUCUCCUCCUCCCCCUCUCCGGGGUCGUCAUCACAACAAAACCUUAGUCUGGUGGAAAUAAAACAGAAAAUCACCACAGACAAAUAUCAAUCCCUGGCCGAGUUCCACUACGAUAUGUCGCAGGUCAUACACCAGGCGAAUUGUGAUGAAUUGGAAAUUGUCUAUAAAGAGCUACUAUCCGAACAAUUCCCCUGGUUUCAAAAUGAAACUCAAGCCUGUACAGAUGCCCUGGAAGAGGAUAUGUAUGAAACGUCCGGAGGAGCCUAUGGUCUCAACACCUCAUUGGAUUCAGAAAAUGACUAUCAAAUGGAUUGCCUACCCUCGGCCGAAGAACAACAUGAAGAGGCUCAAAGAUCCGCACUCCUUGCAGAAUUACCACAAGAUUUAGAGGAACAGUUAUAUGGCAUCAAGACACGACAAGAUUCCCGCAUUUGUUUAUUUUGUCGACGUACCGGCGAGGGUCUACCCCAUGAAGAAUCACGACUACUAUAUUGUGGUCACGACUGUUGGGUACACACAAAUUGCGCUUUAUGGUCCGCUGAGGUUUUCGAAGAAAUUGAUGGCUCUCUGCAGAAUGUCCAUUCCGCAGUGGCUCGGGGUCGAAUGAUCAAAUGCUCCGUUUGUGGUAAUCGUGGGGCUACAGUGGGUUGUAACAUAAAGUCGUGUGGUGAACAUUAUCAUUACCCCUGUGCCAGGGCCAAAAAUUGUGCCUUCUUGGCCGAUAAAUCUAUGUAUUGCCCGGCUCAUGCUCCCAGUGAAAAUUCCGCCAACUUUGAAACCCAAUUUGAUGUCCUACGGCCGGUCUAUGUGGAAUUGGAAAGGAAAAGGAAAAAGCUGGUCGAGCCCUCCAAGGUCCAGUUUCACAUUGGCUCUUUAGAGGUCAAGCAAUUGGGUCACAUCUUACCCAGAUUCUCUGAUACCUAUGAGGCUUUGGUGCCGGUGAAUUUUUUGUGUUCCCGCCUUUAUUGGUCCUCCAAGGAGCCAUGGAAAAUUGUCGAGUACACGGUGAGGACUUAUAUACAAAAUUCCUCAAGUUCUACACUCUCAGUGGGGUCUUUGGAUAUGGGUAAAAAUUUCACAGUGGACCAUAGCCAAUCGAAUACGGCCCUUAUACAUUUGGGUCUAACACAAAUACAACAAUGGCAUUCGAGUUUAAAUCGUAACAUGGAGUGUAUGGACUCUAUGGAGGAUUAUGAUUAUUUCCCACACCACAACAACAACCAUCACAAUUCGGUGGGGAAUAAUAAUAGUGCUCAAGAUCAAGUGAAUCCCCCUGAUGAGGAACCUCAAACAAAUGCCGAUCUUUUGCCACCGGAAAUCAAAGAAGCCAUUUUUGAAGAUUUACCGGGAGAUCUUUUGGAGGGUAUUUCCAUGUUGGACAUAUUCACCAAAUGUAUGAAUUAUGAAGAUAUGGCCCAGGGGGAGCAAACACCCCUUACCGCCGAUGAGGAUACCAUGACUUCGAUGGGGGCUUUUACCAAACAAUUUACGGCAGAAUUAAAUAAUGGUUGGCCCUCCUCCACCUCGGGUGUAAGCAGCAGUGAUGAGGGUCUAUUUUCCACCACCCAGGUAGCCACAGCCGCUGCUGCCAAGUUGCAAAAGCUCAAGAAGUCCUCUUCGCCCAUUAUCAACUGUGGCGAUGUCAAUGCCAAGAAUGCCAUUAAAAGGCGUAAAAUCUCAGAAAAUAUGCUAAUCAGCAUCAAUCAACAUCAGCAGCAGCAGGCGAGGGGUCACAAAAAGGAUUCCUCCAGUUCCAGACUGGAAUCCACAUCCAAUAAACGUAGUUUCACCUGGAGUGCCGAGAAGCGUUACAAUUUGGAAUCAUCCAAUGGCGAUUCGAAGUUGAAAAUAAUGCAAGUGGAUGGUGUUGAUGAUUCCGUGACGGAGUUUCGUUUUAUCCAGCAGGAUAAUACCGCCAUUAAGUGUGAACGUUGCCAGUGUGCCUAUCGGAACUUAGAGGCAUUUCAACGCCACUUGGCCACAUGUAAUGGCGGUGGAAAUAUGGAAUCAGAAUCGAACUCAGAAAUGAAUACAGGAACCACGGCAACUACCACGGGUAUUACCCUGGAACAAUUACAGGAAUUAAAUAAUAAAUUACAACAACAGCAGCAGCAACAACAGCGGGCAGCUUCGCAAUUACCAUUCCUGCAGGCCAUACCCAGUAAUCAAACGUUGCAGCAACAGUUACAGGGUCUUCAGGCAGCCACUUCAACAUCCCUCCCGCUGCAGCUGCAAAAUGUACAAAAUCUGCAGCAGCUACAACAAUUACAACAACUACAACAAUUGGCUCAAAACCCUCAAACAUUGGCGCCGGGUAAUUUCUUUAUAUCCACCACCACGACAAAUCCCUCGGCGCCGGAGGUUAGCAAUGCCGCCGAUUUGCAGCUGUAUGCCAACGCUUUGCAGGGUCUAACGGCCAAUUUAAAUGGUACCUUUACCCUGCAGCCGACAACGGCAACAGCGAACAAUGCAUUUACCCAGCAGCAGCAACAACAACAUGUCACUCCACAACCUCAACUAUUGGCCUUGUCCACCAAUGCUGAUGGCACCCAACAAAUUAUACAAUUACCGGCUCACAAUACCACCACCCCGGCCACAUAUCAAACCCUGCAGGCCACUAAUACGGAUAAGAAAAUUAUUCUUCCCGUGGGUGGGGGUAAACCCAUGAAAACCAUGGCCACAAAGGCGGCACAACAGGCGGCUGCGAAGAAUAAGCUGAAGGCCACAACUGCGGUAAAGCCGCUGCAAUCUAAAGUGCAGAUCACCACCACCGCCGCCAAUAAUGCCAACCAAAAUCUGAACACCAACAACCAGGCAGCCACGGCGGCAGCUGCUGCCCAACUCCUAAAUCAACAGAUCCUGCAACAACUACAGCAGCAGGCCCAGGCCCAACAAAAUGCGAACAACACGGCUGGACCUCAACUCGUCUUUCAGACCACCAAUCCUGGGAAUCCCGGACAGCCACAGAUCAUUAUGCAGCAGCCUCAGCAGAAUAUCAUUUCCUUUGUGACCACCAGUACGGAUGGUACACAACAGCCUCAGUUUCAAUAUGUUACCCUGCCGACGAGCAAUAAUCACAGUCAACAGGCUCCCACCCUCUUUGCCACCACCACUAAUGGUCAUCACCAUCAUCACCAGGCCGCUCAGCCCCUCAUGCAAUCUGCCUAUUUGCAAACAGAUGCCAGUGGCAAUUUGGUACUGACAAGUGGUCCAGCUCCUGCGCCCCAAACCACUCCUUUACAAUUGUUGACAGGUGCAGGAUCUCAGGUCAUUGGUACCUUAAUACAACCUCAAACUUUACAAUUGCAGGGUGGUAAUGUCAUAACCACCAAUUCGGCGGAGGGAAAUCCCGGCGGUGCAAGUACACAAACCCAACAGCAGGUUAUUAUUAGCAAUGGUACCACAACAACAGGGGCUCCGGGGGCAGCUGGCACCACAGGCUUGGAAAUGUUGACCGCUGCAACCCCCGGUGGAGCUCCACAACUGGUGCUGGCGGCCACCAACAACCCACCCAUGUAUUAUGGCCUAGAGACAAUUGUCCAAAACACCGUGAUGUCAUCACAGCAAUUUGUCUCCACCGCCAUGCCGGGGGUCCUCAGCCAAAAUGCUAGCUUUUCGGCAACCACCACGCAAGUAUUUCAGGCUAGUAAAAUUGAACCUUUGGUGGAUAUUCCAGCUGGAUAUGUUUUGCUAAAUAAUGUGGACCCUAGCCAGGCUGCGGCAGCUAUUUUACAGACCGCCCAACAACAACCCCAGGCGGCCAAUAAUCAGGCUGCAAAUCAAGCCACCUUUAUUCAAGCUGCCCUGCAACAACAGGCAGCCACUGCAGCUGCCCAACAACAACAACAGCAGCAUCAGACACAACAUCAGGUUACUUUGACUCCCACAGUGACUCCUGUUCCUGCAGCAGCCACUCCCCAAGCCACCACCACAACCUAUGUGGAUCCUAACACCGGUACAAUCUACAGUGCCAAGGUUACCCCCAUGGCCCAGGCUUCACAGGUGAAGAGGGGAGCUAAGGCCUCAGCCAAUCCCGUGACAGCAAAUAUAACCAAGGUCCAGCCCCAGCAGGUGGUUGUAAAUAAGGUAAUGCCCAAUGUGGCUCAGAUCAGCAACCUGCAACAACAACAGCAGCAGGUUUCACAACCGGUGGUCGCCACCGCAACAGCCACACCUCAGCCUCAAGCCCAGCAAACUUUGAUUUUAAAUAAUCCGGCUCCUCAAAAAUCGAUGAAACAGCAACAACAUAUGUCUAAACAACAACAACAAGCAAAUGUUAAUCUAUUGAAAUCCCAGGAAUCUUUAGGCAGUAACAACAACAAGAAAACCAAUAUGAUAAGGCCUCUAAAUAAGGCUGAGGUCAAGCCCAAGGUCAUGAAAACAGCCACGGCCACCAUGGUUACUAAGGGGAAUAAUUUGAGUCACAAUAACACCAACAGUGGUGCCAUUUUAAAUCCCAACAACAAAAUGAUUAUACUCAAACCCCAGCAGCAACAACAACAACAGAACCUACAGCAGUUGCAGCAACAACAACAACACUUAAAUUUAAAUCAAAAUUUAACGGAGAAUCUGCAUGCAACCAGCGGCCAUUUAGAGGCCUCCAAUGUGGCUCUAAUGGAAAACCAUAACCUUGGAAAUAACGCCAACCUCUUGGGCCAUAACACCACUUUGGAAAAUGUCCACAAUAAUGAUCUCUUGAAUCUGCAACAGGGUCAAAAUCAACCCGCAACUCAACAGCAGCAACAUUACAAUGUCCCCGAUGCUUUGCUAAUGGAAGAAAAUUCCUUACAACAACAGCAGCAACAAACAUUGACACAUUGUUCGUAUAACAACAACAGCAUUACUAACUUUGAAACCUCCCAGCAACAGCAACAACAACAAUCGAUUGUGAACACCAACGAAGCCAGCAAUCAAAUCCUACCCACCAUACAGAGAAUGCCCCAAUACACCAACAUUAAUAUUGUCAACCCCCUGCAGCAAUAUUCCGCCUCGGCAACAACAACAACUUCGUCCACAGCUUCAACACUAUCCAGCCUCAGUAAUUCAUCGACCACAACUACGGUUACACGACCCACAAAUCGGGUUUUACCCAUGCAACAGAAAACCUCCACCACCACAAUGACCAGCAGCAGCAGCGGUAUCAUCAGCAGUAGUGGAGGCGGUAACAACAACCACACCGCCAUUAGCAACAAUUUUGAACACCACAAUACAACAAUAAAUAAUUCAUCGAUGACAGGAUUUUGUCACACCUCCACCUCGUCGUCCUCCUCCACAAUAACCAGCAGCAGUAGUAGUACCACAACAAGUACCAUUAAUUCUUCUCCAGCCGAUUUGAAUACAAAUCUGUCGAUAACGGAAGAAUCCGCAGGCCUGAUGAAGACCCAUAGCCUAAAUAAAAUUGCCUAUGAGGCUGAGGUGAAGCAGAUGUUGCUACAUUCGCCAAAUCCUCAGCAGGAGGCAACCAUGCAGCAGCAUCUACAGCAACAGCAGGUUAUGUAUCUGCAACAACAGCAAAAUGCGGCAGCGGCUAUAACUUUAAUGCCACCCAAGGCCUCAACACCACCCUUGGCUAGUUAUGAGUUGAACAACAAACCCGAGGACUCUGCAAAAUUGUGUUAUGUUCCCCAGGUUCAAGGUCACAAUUAUAAUGAAGAUCCCACAAACCCCACAGAGGAAUGCCAUCUUCUCCCCGAACCCAAAUUUCCAGCGGAAGCAGAAAUCCUUCUAUCACCCCACGAUAGCAAUGUGGAAAAGGAAAAUGAAGAGGUUGUGGCCUUGGGUAUAACCGCACCGCAACCUUCAGAAAACAUUAUUAUGACUCCAGAGGAGCAACAACAACCAGUCACCCCCCUUGAGCCCGAAAAUCCCGUGGAUGAUUUGCAUAAUAACGCCGAUGACGAUGAUGACGACGACGAAGAUGAUGAUGGUUUUAGUUUGAAAAUGCCCUCUACAAAUUGUUCGGACAACCUCUCCAUGGAUAGUGAUGAGCCGGCGGUAAAGGAGAAAAUCAGUAAAAUUUUGGAUAACCUGACCAAUGAGGAGUGUAACGAAGCCCUACAGGCGGCAAGCAGCAAUAACUCACCACUAAUAGAGGUCCACACCCCAGGGGAUUUAAAUGUGAACGAAGAACAAAAUUACCUAAGUCCCCAGCAACAACAACAACAAAUGCAGACCUCUGCCGAACAACAACUUUCCGAAGAAUUUUACAGUACCAGUACCCCUGAAGAAACUUCGGCCCUAAUUGCCGAUGUGGAAUUGGCGGUGGAGAAUAUCAAAGAGAAGUUACAGGAAAAACUGCAAGAAUCCGCACAACUAUGUCCCAGCAACUCUCAAGAAUAUCAAGCUGCAGUUGUAGAGACGCUAAUGGAAACUCAACAGCAACAACAGAGUACCCAAAACCCCCUAACCAUUUGUCAGACCGCACCUCCUCCCCAACCACCCACAAGGCAGCCCAAACGUGUCACUGGACCCCAUCUACUAUACGAAAUUCAAAGUGAAGAUGGCUUCACCUACAAAUCCACCUCCAUUGCUGAGGUUUGGGAAAAAGUAUUCGAAGCGGUACAAGUUGCCCGGCGAGCCAAUGGUUUGGCUCCACUGCCGGAAGGUCCCUUGGCCGAUAUGAGCGGUGUACAAAUGAUUGGCUUGAAAACCAAUGCCUUGAAAUAUCUCAUUGAACAAUUACCCGGAGUGGAGAAGUGCAACAAAUACACCCCCAAAUAUCAUAAAAAACAAAGCCCCUCCAGUCAUGGUGGUUCGCAGAGCAGUAUUUCAUCACAUUUAAGUGGUAGUCUAUCGGCCAUAUGUUCCAGUUCGUUAAGUAAUUCUUCAAUGGGUGGUGGUGUGGGAACACUUAGCAGCUCUUCGUGCCUGGAUGUUGAUGGCAAUAGUUUGGAUUACAACUCCGAACAAGAGGAACUCAUUGAGAAUCCUUAUGAUUGUGCCAGAUGUGAACCAUAUUCGAAGCGAUCGGAAUAUGAUAUGUUUAGUUGGUUGGCGUCGCGGCAUCGUAAACAACCUGUACAGGUGUUUGUACAACCAUCGGAUAAUGAAUUGGUGCCAAGGCGCGGAACUGGCAGCAAUCUUCCCAUGGCCAUGAAAUAUCGCACUUUAAAGGAAACUUAUAAAGAUUAUGUAGGGGUUUUCCGUUCUCACAUACAUGGAAGGGGUCUAUACUGUACAAAGGAUAUUGAGGCUGGUGAAAUGGUCAUUGAAUAUGCUGGUGAAUUAAUACGCUCCACCCUGACCGAUCAGCGAGAACGGUAUUACAACAGCCGUGGCAUUGGCUGUUAUAUGUUUAAAAUCGAUGAUAAUUUAGUUGUAGACGCCACAAUGAGGGGCAAUGCAGCCAGAUUUAUAAAUCAUUCAUGUGAGCCCAAUUGCUAUUCCAAAGUUGUGGAUAUACUUGGCCAUAAACAUAUUAUCAUCUUUGCCCUGCGACGCAUUGUCCAGGGCGAGGAGUUAACCUAUGACUACAAAUUUCCAUUCGAGGAUGAGAAAAUACCCUGCUCGUGUGGCUCGAAAAAAUGUCGGAAGUACUUAAACUAAAUAGAAAGAA